UUGUCGUUGUUAUUCAACUGGACUUGGUUGUAUUUCCUCUCGAAGACGUUUCACGUGUCAUGUAAGAAGCCAUGUGUGACUAUGACCUGGAUGAGCGACAUUCUCCACCGACGUAUGGUGUCUUCAUCUACUUACAUCUGGAUAAUGGAUGUAUUUUAAGAUUUGUUUUUAUCCCAGUGGCCAUUCGUGGUAUUGCCGCGGGGGGAAAGAAAACCCCCCGUGGCCCGAAAAGCAUUUUUCCCCAUAGACCACUAUUGCAAAAUUACAUAUUAGGGCCAGAGAGAUAUGACAUAAGGCGAAAAAAAAUUGAGGAAGAUUUUUUUUAAUCUUGCAUUUCGAGAAUAAAGUCGAAAGCUGUGACCCGGGAGCCCUUUUUAGCAGCACCAAACAACCGGAUGUUGAUGUUUUGUUAGCCAGUUUUCUCGCUAACGCUAGCUGCUAACCAAGUUGUAAAUUUGCGAUAUUAUUACUGAGAGGCUGAAUCUGGAAGAAACGAUGUGGUGACAACGAGCGUUUGCACACGAACUUCAACGUGUGUCCUGACACAAUAAACGUUCAACUGCAAAACAACCGUUAAUGAAUUGUGAGAGACGUUUAGUAACCGGAAGCUAGCGUAGCUUUGCAAAGGUCAGUUAAUGUGGAUGUGAGACAGCUGGACUGGUACAACAACACGGUUGUUUAGGGCUAUUUCCACUUUAUUCUCGACAUUUCGACUUUAUUCUCGCCUUGUAGUCUCCUGCUAACUGCUCUUAAUCUUCAGCUAUAAACAUCAUCCAUUAUUGAUCUUUGCAUUGUGUAUUUUUAAGACUUUUUAAACUUUCCCAAAAGCUCAGGAAAAGCCCCAUAAAACUCAACUCUGAUUGGUGGAAAAUUCAGACUCGGAUAGCCUCUCUUCAACUUUUACUUUUUUUUUUUUUUUUUUUACUAUGUUAUAAAUUCGGAAAUCUACCUGACAACAGAAAUUAACUUAAUUCUGAUUGGUUACUUUUUUCCCCUCCCCACCAAGGGAGGAAAAUCCGUUUCAUGCCUCCUUUGAUGGCUGGUUUGAUCUCACACUUGUCGAUAUUGCUCUAUACAUUUAUUCAGUUAAAUACACACAGAAGAAUCUCAAACAGAGUGGUGAUUUAUCGUCACCACAUAUAAACCCUUUUUUUACCCCCUCAAAUGUUGUGACUGGCUGUUGUCUUGGCAACGAGGCAGCACAACAUCCCACUUUAUAGCCAUGAAGUCCGCUCACUUCAGCGGGAGUGUGUCUGCGUGCGAGCUGAGCUGCAAGACGGCGCCGGAAUGUGUCAACAUGUGCGGCAUGUGUCCCCCGUGCGUCUUCGCCCCCAGAGCACCAGCAGCGGCAGCACCGGGCUCCCCGCAGUGUCUGUGGACGGGGACGGACGACCUCCGGCGGAGGUUCGUGGCGGGGCUGCUCCUGCGCUGCACAAGCGUCCGGCUGCUCGAGCACAUCCAGAGGAUGCUGGACGUGACGUCGUGGAGUCUGUUCGCCUACGCCAGGACGAGGAGCGCCGCCCGGCCGCGGGGUCGUCCCCGCCCCCGCCCCCGCAGCAGCCUGCCGCAGGAGGAGCCGCGCGGCGCGGGGCUGACGGAGAUCUGGGGCUGGUUCAGCGGCAGCCCGCACUGGGUCAAGUCGCACUACCUGUCCCGUGUCUUCUCGCGCUGCGACCCGGAGCUUUUGCACAUGGCCUUCAACCUCGCCGGCGUCCUCCUGGUCCGGGAGAAGCGAGGGCUCCUGCAAGUUGACUGUGAGGAGGUGUUGAGUUGCAAACUGCGUUUCCCACGAUGCACCGCUAGAUCGAGAAGCCGCAAUGCCAAUCAGUCUGACCAGGACACCGAUGACGACUCGGACGACCCUGCUCUCACGGUGGUGCCGGGAUCCUCAAAGUCUGCGUCCGGAGUCAGCCGCUACCGAGACUUCGUCGGCUGCCUGCCUGUUGACCUGUCUAAGAGGAUACUGGGUCUGUUGGAUGAACACACUCUGAGAAGCUGCCUGAUCGUCUCUCGAACCUGGCAUCUGCGUGCGACAGGAGCAAUGGAGGAAAUCAAGUUCAGAACAGAGUUCCAGGAUCAAAUUGAAGCGAUGACGACAGCAGGACACAGUUGCAAAGGAAUUUAUAAAGUUAGUCCCACUUACGCCAACAUUGUCAACGUCCCUGUUCCUGCAGAGGAAGACGAGGAGGCCGACGUUCCUUCACGUGACCUGAAGGACAAGCUGUUCGAAGCCGCCUACUGCAAAAUCAAAACUAAAACCAUACAAAUGCACGAGCGAAACGUUUACUGUGGUUCAUAUUUUGUCAACGUGCUGCUGAACAACCCCGACCCUCAUCGGGUGGUCGACUACGGAGGCCGAGCGUUUCUGGCCACGGGCUCCAAAGACUGUGCGGUGCGACUGUUUUCCCUGGCGUUAGAAGCGAAAACCGAGUCGGUGCUGAGGGGCCACGCCGGCGGCGUUCGGGCCGUGCUGCUCUGCGAGGACCGAGGCCUGGUGAUAACUGGGAGCUGCGACGCCAGCAUCAGGUGCUGGAACCUGGAGACGGACAAGUGCGAGGUGAUGCUGUUCGGGCACUCCGGCACCGUCAACUGUCUGGAUGUCCAUGACAACAGACUCGUCUCAGGGGCCAAAGACUGUAAAGUAAAAGUGUGGAAUCUGGACACGGGGGAGCGUUAUGAGGAUUUUAACUUCAAGCACCUGAGCUCUGUCCAGUGUGUGAAGAUCAACGCAACCAACGUCUACAGCAGCUGCGACCGGGGCCUCGUCAAAAUAUGGGACAUGGAGACGGCAUCGCUGCUCAGGGUGAUCGAGGCCCACAAGAGCUCGGUGAAGUGCCUGUUCUUCGACGAGUGGCAUCUUCUAUCGGGCGACUUCAGCGGUCAGGUCAUGGCCUGGAGCAUGGACCGUCGUGCCAAAGAGUGUCUGAUGACCUUCAGCCACCCGAGGGAGGUCAAAUCUCUGACGCUCGUCUACCUGCGCGUUCUCACCGGCUGCGCGGACGGAAAGAUUCGCAUAUUCAAUUUCCUCACUGGCGACUGUUUGCGAGAAAUCACAGCAGAUGCCGAGAGCGGCCGUUUACUGUCCCUGCACUUCCACGAUAAAAGUAUCUUGGUGAACACAACGUCCAGUGUGAAGCUGUACUAUUUCGCCAAAUUGAGCUGGGAUUACGAGUCGGCGGAGGGAGGCCGGGGCGACGUGUCGCCUCGGCAAGAUUCGGUUUCGGAGAAUUCGCCAGCUUCGCUCAGAAAACCUCCCGUCACCAGUUCGGGGGCGGGUCACAUGGCACAGGGGAAAACGAUGCGAAGGGGGGCUGAGCUGCUGAAGCGCUCCCCCUUACCGUUUACCCCCGCUAAACGUCAAACACAAGACAAAGAGCGCUGUGAGACUGCGAAAGUGACCGCCAUGCUGAGUGAAAAGGCAGCGCGUGAACGGAUGACUAAAAGGGGUCUUCAUCAUCCCAUGACACGCGAAUCCAUCCACCUCAAGGUCAGUGACAUUCAGAGGGCGCAGCGCAAGGACGAGGUCAGCGUCAACAUGGACUGCAACGCCAGGCUGCGGGACUCUUGGGGUCCUCACAUGCCUCGGGAUCGUCCUCCGCACUCUGACACCCGGGCCCAGAAGAAGAGCCCCCCGCGGGCUCAGACGGGUCCACCGCAGCGCGUGCACUACGGGCAACCGAGGAGGCCCAAGACCUGCAGCUCAAUCCUGAAGAGGGGCGCCAGUCAAAAUGCGACAGACUCAGAUGUCGCCGCCAACCCUGACACCACGAGGAGAGCGCAUCUCGGUUUAUCCUCAAAGAAAGGACCACCUCACAGCGGUGGCGCACAAAGGGCGACGAGCAGGGUCGCCACUUUCGCCACGUCUGCCAAAGAGCGGCCAUAGUCUCCAGAGGAAUGAUUCAUGCUGCUGCUCACAGGGACCCGGCCGGAGGAUUAUUACACCCGUGCAGAGAGGGGAACUGUCCAUGAGGGAUGAGAGGAUACAGUAAAGAAGGUCAUAUGUGCAUCAAUGGAUGCAUUUUCAUUUGUUUUGAUGAUAUAUUGUAUCACCACUGCACAAUGGGUGUUUUGGACACGCGAUAUGAUGUUUCAUCAAUACCCCACUAGGGGUCAGUAUUGUAUCAAUGUUUUGGUGGCUGGACCAUGUCCCCUGAAGUUAUUUCAUAUUUUAGAAAAAACUUUUGUUUGAGUUUUUCCCCCCAGUUUUUUAGCUCAACGUUUAGGGCUAGUUAUUCAUAGUAUUAUUAUAUAUAUAAAUUGAUGGAUUUAGUGUUUUUUUUCGGGAGCGAGUGAAUUCACAUUUCUUACAAAGAAUAAGGCAAUUUUUCUUACAUUUUAAAUCAUAGUUUGAUCGUAUGAAAACUUCAAAUACAAAUAGUAUUUUCAUAUUUUUGAACUUUGAUCGUACCAGAUUGUUUCUAUUUUUUAUUUUUUUUCUCAUUCUCAUUUCCUCACUUUUCCCUCCGUCUUCACCACCCAAGCGACGACAAAUCUUUGUGGACUUCAUACUUGUGCCGUUCAUCAAACGAGGCGAGUGAAGUCAUCAGAUUGAGAGGUGUCGGUCCCGUCCCCGAGCGACCUUUUCACCCUGCCACCUGCCCUCUAGCCCCUGGUGCCCGGAGGGCAUCAUUAGGGGGCGAGGAGGUUGAAGAUCAGGGAGUAGGGAGGUCCCUUCGGCUUUGAGGGCAGCGGCAGCAGCAGCACAACAGCUGGGCAAGUAUGAACAACAAAGGGUUAUGAGGAGAACUGAUUUGGUGAGACGUCCCACUCGACGACGACGUCGCUCUGACGCUAAUUUGAUUUGGUCCGCAGAAAACUGGGGGUAAUGGCGUCAACCCCCUUUUCUUCUCCUGUGGCAGUGUGAUGAGACAAUGCUUUCCCCUCCUGUCACCCCAGGCUUAGCUCAGUUUCCUGAGGCAGCGCGGUCUCGUCCAGGACAGGCCGCGCUGCAGGGGGUGGGGGGAUAAUGAGCGUGAAAUCAAAGCAAAGUUAGAAAAAGGGAAAGUCUUCAUGGACUUAGACCCUCUGCUCCCAGGACCGGGCCCAAGGGUUGGUCGGGGAGGAGGCUACAGGUUAAUUUAUGUAUGAGGAGCAUCUUGAAAGAAACAACAGUUAACCCCCCCUCACAGUGAGAUACAGGUUAAAGGGUUUGAGGUUUGGGGAGAAGGCGACAAAAGGACGUUUCGAUGUCACCCUGCUGACCUUCGGUCUACACGAACCUCCAUCUACAAAGGCGUAUAUAUUUGUAUCACAGUUCGUUUGUCAAAUUUUGUCAACCCCCCCCCCCCCCCCCCCCCCCAUCAGCAGGCGGCUUGAACUCACAACUCUGUCGUGAUGAGCACCAGGCCAGGUCGCCGGUCCGAGCCCAGUCAUGGCGUAGUCGAAUGUGAUUAACCAGAUCUCGAUCUGCAUUAUUAUUUUUGGUCGUAUUUGCAUGUCACUCAAGGGGCGGUUGACUUGCCCCGGAGCAGUUCAGAUAUCAAACCCAUUGCCAGGUCUAACGAGACGGGCAUCAGAUGCAAAGGCUCCGUGAAUAUGUAAAAAUCACACCGCUCUCUCUCCGGGGGGAACUGACUCAUGGUGAGAACAGUGACUCAAGUCUCCCCCCGUUGUCGAACACAUGCUCUGACAAAGGCAACCAUGCACAAGCACUGUAUCGCAAAGAACCUGUUGGAAACAAGGCCUGACAGGUCCGUGACGUCGCAGCGACAAGAGCCUUGAUCUGAGGACAACUCUAAAACACCAGCGCCAGCGACUGUUUCCAAGCUCUCUGAGACGCUGGAAAAGACUUCAUGUGACUUUCUGACCUCAUUUGCAGAUAGAGAUCACAAACGCAGGGGGGGGGGGUAGAAAACAGCCACACAACGAAGGGAGGCAAUUAACAGGAACACCAUUACUGAGAUACGGGACUGAUGAACAUCCACGUCCCGGCCAAAGCCAAGUAGAUAAGAGGGAAUCCGAUUGAUCAUUGAUUGUGCCUCAGCGGUGCCGCUUGCAGCUUCUUGCCGUUCUGGAGUUGGACCGUGUUGCGUUCGAGCGUGCCCCCCCCCGUGCCCCCCCCUUGAUUGGGCCAAAGAGAGCUGGAGUGAAACCGCUGUGACCACACAUCGGGAGGACGAUCAAAGAGGCCAAACGCCGGCGCUCCUGGCUCCUCGCGUACUACGACUAACCCCCGACAGAUGACGGAGGAAAGCUGUUGCUCCAAUCGUGGCUCAGAGCGAAUCACAGAUAGGGGCUGUAGAGGUGACACCUAAUGUAAGGCUAACGCCAAAAGCUUCACUCCAAAUAAAGAGGCCUUGUGUAAUUCGACUGUAACCGUACCGAGGUUUCUUCCCUUUACCCCUUGAUUUUGUUUGUGUUGGUUUCAUUUCUUGAGUUGACUUGAUUGUACCUCGGGACCAUGUGUUCUUUUUCUUACGGCGUGACAUCUGGAAUGUGUUUUGAUAAUUGCACAGAGAUUUAUUUUCUAUCUGCAAGACCUAUUCUAUACAAAAGACUUACACAAAAACAAACAAAAAGCAAAAUUAAACACACCCGGUUGCUUUGA